CAAAAACACAGACCCAGAACCGCAAAUAAAACCACAACCCCUCAGUACUGCUCACUCCCCUCCCUCCUUCCUCCCAUUUCCUCUAGAGUGAGAGAGAGAGAGAGAGAGAAACAGAGAAGAGGAGAGAGAAAGUGAUAGAGAGAUAUGCCUCCUUCAGGCUUCAGUUUCUACAUCAUCUUCUUAUUCUCUGCCCUAGAAUGAUUCCAGGCCUGAACCUCUUCUUCUCAGAAGAAGAUGGCCCAAAUCCCACAAAACCCUCCAUUUCUUUUGGACUCUUUGUACUGCCAAGAGGACAACUACUCCUAUUUCGAAGAUGAACAACAAGAAAGUUACCACAUUGACGAAAUCACCCCUGACCCACCACAGAAAUUACUUGAACAGGACUUGUUCUGGGAAGAUGAAGAGCUAGCCUCUCUGCUCUCAAAAGAGAGAGAAAACCCACUUUUCAAUCACACUGAAAAAAACUCAUCUCUGAUUAGGGCUCGAAACGACGCCGUGGAGUGGAUUCUCCGUGUCAACGCCUAUUUCUCCUUUUCUGCCCUCACUUCACUGCUUGCUGUGGACUACUUAGACAGGUUCCUCUUCAACUUCCAUUUCCAGAAAGAUAAACCAUGGAUGACCCAGUUAGCUGCUGUGGCCUGUCUCUCUCUAGCGGCCAAAGUGGAGGAAACCCAAGCCCCUCUCCUGUUAGACCUCCAAGUGGAGGAGAGUAGGUAUGUGUUUGAGGCGAAAACCAUUCAGAGAAUGGAGGUGCUGGUGCUGUCCAGUCUUCAAUGGAGGAUGAAUCCUGUGACCCCAGUCUCAUUUCUUGAUCAUAUAAUAAGGAGGCUAGGGUUUAAGGAUUACUACAUCUGUUUUGAGAUUCUCAGGAGAUGUGAAUCUCUUUUCCUCUCCAUCAUUUCUGAUUCUAAGUUAAUGUGUUAUCUGCCUUCUGUAUUGGCUACUGCCACAAUGCUGCACGUUAUCAAUGGUGUAGACCCCUCUGUUGCAGAGGAGUGCCAAAACCAACUAUUGGGCACUCUUGGAAUCGACAAGGACAAAGUGGAGGAUUGUUAUAAGCUAAUCCUGGAAUUAACAUCAGGAUUUCUCAGCCACCAAUCCAACAAACGGAAGUUUCGAUCGAUGCCUGGAAGCCCCAGUGGUGUCACGGAUGUUUGUUUCAGUUCUGAUAGCUCAAAUGACUCGUGGGCCGUGACGGCAUCCGUCUCUUCCUCGCCAGAGCCUCUAUCAAAGAAGCUUAAAGCUCAGGACCACCAUUUCCAGAGUCUCAACCAUGGAGCUUCAGAUAUUCUGAGCUUCCCUCUCUAAAGGCUUCGUUGCACUCCACCUUUUUAGAUUUCCUCAUGGACCAGUCUUCUUUAAGUAGCAUUAUAUGUUCUUUUGUUUAUGUGUAUGUUAAAUUGCCUACCAUCUCUACAGUUCAGUCAACGGCGGGUACUGAAAACCCCGCUUCAUUCUCUAAGGCUGUAUCACAGCGGAGAAUGGGUAUGGAGAUUUGGAGCUCGCGGGUAGAGAUGGUUGGCAUUUUAUCCGGAGAAAGUAAAGAACAUUAGCUUAUACUAGUAGCAGUGAAGAGAGUACUUCAAACCUAUAUGAAUCUCUGGUCCUCUCCGUAAACCUUUCCUUGUAUGCAGAUAACUUUGUUUUUUAUGUCAAUAAAUGGCCAAUUUUAACUA